AUGUCUCCGCGGCCGCUGCGAGAGGUGACCGGCCUGCGGUUCAACCAAGACCAAAGCUGCUUCUGCUGCGCCAUGGAGACGGGCGUGCGCGUCUACAGCGUGGAGCCGCUGACGGAGACGGGGCAUCUGGGCCGCGAGCGGGUGGGCAGCAUUGGCCUGGUCGAGAUGCUGCACUGCUCCAACCUCUUGGCCCUGGUGGGCGGUGGCAGCAGCCCCAAGUUCUCCGAGAUCUCAGUGCUGAUCUGGGACGAUGCCCGGGAGGGCAGGGACUCCAAGGACAAGCUGGUGCUGGAGUUCACCUUCACCAAGCCAGUGCUGGCUGUACGCAUGCGCAGGGACAAGAUCGUGAUGGUGCUGAGGAACCGCGUCUACGUGUACUCCUUCCCCGACAGUCCCCGGAAGCUGUUUGAAUUUGUCACCCGAGACAAUCCCAAAGGACUUUGCGACCUCUGCCCCAGCUUGGAGAAGCAGUUGCUCGUGUUCCCAGGACACAAGUGUGGAAGUCUACAACUUGUGGACCUGGCCAGUCCAAUGCCUGGCACUUCAUCCGCUCCUUUUACCAUCAAUGCCCAUCAGAGCGAUGUGGCCUGCGUGUCUCUGAAUCCGCCAGGCACAGUCGUAGCCUCAGCCUCCCAGAAAGGCACCCUCAUUCGUCUUUUUGACACCCAGUCCAAGGAGAAACUGGUGGAGCUGCGUCGAGGCACCGACCCUGCCACCCUAUACUGCAUUAACUUCAGCCACGACUCCUCCUUCCUCUGCGCUUCCAGUGAUAAGGGCACUGUCCAUAUCUUUGCUCUCAAGGAUACCCGCCUCAACCGCCGCUCUGCGCUGGCUCGUGUGGGCAGGGUGGGCCCUAUGAUUGGGCAGUACGUGGGCCCUAUGAUUGGGCAGUACGUGGACUCGCAGUGGAGCCUGGCCAGCUUUACUGUGUCUGCUGAGUCAGCUUGCAUCUGCGCCUUUGUUCGCAAUACUUCCCAGAAUGUCAACUCUGUAAUUGCCAUCUGUGUCGAUGGGACCUUCCACAAGUAUGUCUUUACUCCCGAUGGAAAGUGCAACAGAGAGGCUUUUGACGUGUACCUUGAUGCCUGUGAUGAUGACUUUUAA